AUGCCCUCGAAGCAGGCGGAGAGCGCCAAGGGCGGCUCCUCUGCAGACGAGGACCCCUUCCUGAAGAACACCUGCGUCUACUCGCUCAGCUCCUGCAUGAUCCUCAUUCUGGUGUUUUUAAUGGUGCUGCCGGGGGCCCUCGUCCCUUACCUCACGCGGCUGCGCUUCAUCAAGCAGGACGCCGCGCCCCUGUUCCAAAAGGUUGCCCAGAGCCAGGGUCGAACGGCGUUCUUUGUUCGCAACCUCCUACGCUGGUCGCUGGUGAAUCGCUUGGACGGCAUCCUGGUGAGCGGCCUGUUUCCGACACCCAGGAACCGGAACGAGGCCGUGAGGCUGCUCAAAAAGAUGGCCACGCUGUUCCGCCACCGCGAGUUCCUCCUCGAGCUGCCUCCGGAGGCCGCGCUCUUCCGACGCCCCAACUCCGGCAAGCGACUUGCCCAACUUGUCGACUUGGCCGUGCUGCCACCGCAGUGGCUGGCACGAAAACAAGCCCUGAACACCCUCUUGUCCAGCGGCUUCCCCCCGUCCCGGUUGGUGGCCGGUGUCCGGUUCGAAGGCAUCCCGUACUCCCUGGGUGAACACGUCAGCACCAGCGAGGGCGGUACUGUGCCGUACCAUGAGCUUUGCGCUAAGCGCGGCUGGAAAAAGCUCGUGGACGGCGAGUUAACUCUUCUGCAUCGCGGUCGCUCCUGGUACAUCCUAGAGGACACGGUUUCUCUCAAGACCCAGGUCACCAGACUAAUGCGGCAGGGCCUCGCGGGGAUGAUCGUGUGGGACGUGAGCGCGGAUGACUUCCUGGGCUUUUGCGGACCGAAAAAUGCUCUUCUGGAAACGGUCCGCAACACCACACUCGCUGCCUGGAAGUCCACGCAGUCGGCAUAA